AUGCUCGAGUUCAUGCAGACCGUCGAGAGACUCGAGGCGCUGAAACGAUCCCAUGAUUCAGCAGCCGUCGGUUCAUCAGGGCAACCAGCAGAAAGCUCAGCUCCAACCGUUCGAUCCACGCCACAACCCAGCUCCACCGUCGAUCUCCCCCCGGAUUUUGACCCGUUCGCCAGCCCCGUGGGUCGGUUCAUGCGCGGCGUGCUGCGAUUCUCCAAGAUCCUAGUCGCAGCAGUCAACGGGCCAGCCAUCGGGAUCGGCGUGACGCUCCUUCCGCACUGCGAUCUCGUCUUCGCCGCGGAUUCCGCCACGUUCUGGGUGCCGUUUCUCCGCAUCGCGAUCGUCCCCGAGUUCGGCUCGUCCGUCACUCUCCCGCAGCUGCUCGGCCGCGCCCUGGCGAACGAUCUGCUUCUGACGUCACGGGUGCUAUCUGCGGAUGAGGCGUGCAAAAACGGCCUUGUGUCGAGAGUCUUCCCGGAUGCGACCCUUGAGAGCGAAGUCCUCUCAAUACUAUCCGACAUUCAGCAGCAGGCUCUCAUUCAAGAAUCCCUCCCGAUUUUCAAGCGUAUGCUGCGCCAGCCGCUGGGUGAUUCAGCGCCACGUCAGCCUGACAUGGAGGCAGUGGUAGGGGAGGAGCUGCGGCAGCUGGCUCGCAGGCAGAUGGCGGGAGAGACGGGGUAUGCCGUGAGGGAGACAAUGAAAGCAAUGCGAGCUGCCAAGGUGGGGAGCAAAGCAGCUGGGUCUCGAAGCAAACUGUAG